CACCGAAUGAAUGGUGCACACUGGCUUUUAAAUCUUUUUUCAUUCUAUAAUGCUGAAUGAUGAUGAUUCUGUUUGUCAGUUCUUGAAUUUAAAUUUUAAACAAUUUUUUAUAGACCGAAGAAUUCCAAUUCAUCAAAAUUUGUUAAAAAUUGUGCAAGUUGUUAAAUGUUAUGGGGAUGAUGUAAAUGCCUCAAACGAUGACAAGGAGUUUUUUCAAGUCACCAACAGCUGAUGAUACCUUUAUUAAAAUACUGUUUCAGAGUUAUUUGAAUUUUUGAUUUUAAUCCUGAUUUUAAGUUACCGUUGUUAGCUGUCAUUGGAUUUCAUUGGAUAAAUAUUUCUGAAGCAAUAAAAGAGAAUUAUGAUUGGGAUAACAAGCAUGGCAGAGAUUGACCUUGAACCUUGUGAUUCGAACGGGGCCAUGGAGUUGAAUGGUGACCCCAUAAAACUGGUUCAUUCAGCCAUCAUCAAACAGGAUGUGAUGUUGUCGUGUCGAAACACGUCCUCCCCAUCCAUCAACCCCCUGCACAACUCGCCCCACCGAUCCAUCAAUAACCACGACAGCUGGGGCAUGUCCGACCUCCUAGAGAGCAGCAAGCAAGAUCCUCUAUCGAGCAUUUUCAACCAACUAACACUUCCCAUUGCUGGUUCAACUGCUCUCAACAAUGUGAACACAACAUCACACAAAACGUUGAACUCGUCGCCUUACUUAACAUCAAAUAAUAACCAAAAUAGCAACAUGAACAGCAACAAUAAUAGCAUCAACAACAACAACAACAGCAACAACAUAAAAAAUUUCAUCCAACAGUUAACUAGCGGUAACAACAUCAACCAUUUAAAAAUAAGACAGCAACCGUUGCAAAUAAUCCACAACACAAACAACAACAUUAACACCACAACGACAAAAGUGGCCACGUCGACAACUGCACCGACCAUCAACGGCUCCAAAUCUUCCAUCGUUCCAGUCAGACAUUUGUUGAUUCCCGUCUCAAACAGUAACGGCUUGCAGCAGCUGAUAUCAAUCCCACUUAGUUUAGCUGCUGGUGUUGGCAGUCAGAUUCAACUGCUGGCCACUUCUAACGGUCAACUCAUUGUUGCUAACUUGAACAAUGGAAGCAAAAAUGUGGAAAAUAACGAUGGUAGAGUUGGUUGUACUCUCAUAGCCAACAAAGCUGUUUCAACUACAACCUCCUUGUCAUCAAAUGCAAUACAAUCCCACUCAUCGGCACCUUCGACAUCAUCGUCCACAUCUUGCUCGUCGCAGCACUCCGACAAACCCCUACUUUCACAAGUCAUCUGCAAAAACGUUGAAAAUCAAGCCGUUCCCUUGAACUUAAGUUCAACGCAGCUGCUACAAACACUGAAACUUCACCUCCAACAGACUUCAAGCAUCCAAAAAAUUUGCAAACUUGCAACAGUGCCCUUGUCACCCUCUUCGACGUCAUCGUUGUCGCCCUCCUCGUCAACCAAUCACAUCUCAACAACAAACGGUUUGAACCUAUCAGGUACUUCUCAUACUUCAUCGACAGCCAAUCACGUUGGAUCUUCAACGCCAAAUAUCAACCAACUGUUGCCAAAUCUCAUAAACGGUUCAAAAGAAGGAACUGUGGUUGAUGGUGUGAACUUGGAUGAGAUCAGAGAGUUCGCGAAGCACUUCAAAAUUCGAAGGCUGUCGCUGGGCCUCACUCAAACUCAGGUGGGACUUGCUCUCAGUGCGACAGAGGGUCCAUCGUACAGCCAGUCUGCCAUCUGCAGGUUCGAAAAAUUAGACAUCACCCCAAAAAGUGCGCAGAAGAUCAAACCGGUCUUGGAGAAGUGGAUGCAGGAAGCAGAGGAGAGGUACAAGAGUGGCGUUCACAACUUGACGGAGCUCAUCGGCAACGAGCCGUCGAAAAAGCGAAAAAGAAGAACGUCUUUCACACCGCAGGCACUCGAAGUCUUGAACGAAUAUUUCGAAAGAAACAGCCAUCCAUCAGGUAAUGAGAUGUCUGAACUGUCUGAUCGCCUCAACUACGAGAGAGAAGUUGUGCGAGUGUGGUUCUGCAACAAGCGACAGGCGUUGAAGAACACAAUUAAAAAAAUGAAAUCCAACGAUUACAUUGACGGGCAGUCGCUACUGAACGGGGGAGGAAUUAGAACUCUUCUUGUUGGGUCUUCAACUUGGGAUAUGUUUGUUGCCGUUUAA